CCAGUGCAUCAGAUGUAAACAUGGCGGCUGGCAACGCGUUUCACGUGUCUGUCAAAACUUUAAUAGGCGAUUGGCAUGGCCUGCAGGUUGCUAUUGAAAAUGGCAUGGGUGGACCACAAGCACGGGAGAAAGAGCAGUGGCUCGUUGGAGUUCUAGAACAGCAUUUCGCCGACAACAGUAACUUGCAUCCCGAUGAAGUGGCCGACUUAAUAGCCGAUAUCAUCGACAACGAAUUCGACACCAUCAUUGAAGAUGGCAGCGUAGGGCAGAUAUCGGCCUUGCUGUGCAAGCACUAUCAGCUCUGCCUUGAGGGCAGGGAAAACGAAGUGCUGGAGUCUCUGUCGCAGAGGCUUCCGCAAACAAGGACGCUGAGGGUACCUGUCGCUGGAGACUACGACAGUGAUGACGAAGCAGAAAUGCAGAACCACAUUGACACGGAGGUGUCGUCACAGAUGGGAGGCCUUCAGCUGAACGGGCCCAGCUCGAGCCAACAGCAGCCACGACGACAAGAACCCGACGAAGACGGCUGGACAGUUGUUAGGCAUGGAAGGAGGACAUAGCUAUCAUAACCACUGCCAAUAAUAGUGUAUAUGCAAUUAAAUA